AACAAACAAUUCUCCAAACAACACCUCCUACAACAGUGUCCUGCGCCCUAUCUACUCCUGCUCUUCCUGCUCCUCCUCUUCUACUGCAACUUGAUCCUCUCCUGAUCUGACCCAUCCGCACAAACACCAUGGCUGUGGCUGCGACUGUGCCGCGCAAUUUCAAGCUUCUCGAGGAGCUCGAGAAGGGAGAGAAGGGCCUGAGUAACGGCACUUGCUCGUAUGGCUUGGAAGACCAGGAGGACAUCUCGCUGACCAACUGGCGAGGCACGAUCAUGGGACCUCCUCACGGGCACUUCGAGAACCGAAUUUACGAGCUCAAGAUCGUCUGCGGUCCCGAAUAUCCCAAGCAACCCCCGGUCAUUCACUUCAUCACCCAGAUCAACCUCCCGGGUGUUGACCAACAUUCCGGUCUCGUCGACAAGAACACUAUCGGUGGCGAGUUGCGAGACUGGGAGAAGAACGCCAAUGACACAGGACCAAGAGCGCAGCAGAGGGUCAGUAUCGAGGCCGCUCUGAGCGCCAUAAGACACCACAUGGAGCAGUACAAGAAGCUCCCUCAACCUCCCGAGGGCACUAAGUACGCCGAGUAGGGUAUGGCGCCAUGGCCAUGCGACUUCGUAGAGGGAAGUUGGCGAAUUCCGAGUGACUGGUCUGGACUGCAAGACGAUACAGACAAUAUCGAAUGGAUGAGACGAGACAGGACAAGAUAUUUCUAGACACAGAAAAUGAAGCAUCUGACAACAGGGGCGUCUUGUCGUGAAGGGCAAGCGAAUGGGGGAGCCUAUGAUUUUCUUUCGAGACGCUGCAUUUUCAAGGGGUUCAAGGCUGGUUCGGACUACAUGGAGUAGAGUUGGCCUCAUCAUUCGUCAUAUGAAAUACAUUACGAUCUGAAGGCAAG